AUGGAUCUGCACCAUCGGAAGUCCAGUUCCCAGGGACUGUGUGAGCCUGAGCCUUUACCCUCCUGUGUGCUGGCUCAGGACACAGUGACCUUCCCUGAUGUGGCCAUGAGCUUCUCCCCAGAUGAGUGGCUGUACCUGGACAGCUCUCAGAGGAAAUUCUAUAGAGAUGUGAUGCUGGAGACCUACCAGCACCUGCAGGCCAUAGAUAAGAGCUGCCCUGGGGACAUGGUGGCCUUCCCCGAUGUGGCUGUGAUCUUCUCCCCAGAGGAGUGGCUGUGCCUGGACGCCUCUCAAUGGAAACUCUACAGAGAUGUGAUGUUGGAGACCUACCAGCACCUGCAAGACAUAGGACAGUGCAGGGUGAAGCCUGCGCUGAUCUCCUGGUUGGAAGAAGGAGCCCUUGGUAAGCUGCAGAGAGGUGUGUUUGAAGUCUCAAGGGAACUGCCCUGCCUGUAUCAUGAUGGGAAUGAGGACCCAGGGAUCAUCUGUUCAAUGGGGGAUCGGAUUGAAGAGAGGGUCCGUAAUAUGGGGACCCAGUCUUUUGGGCACAGUGCUCCUGAUCCUGUUAUGCCCAGUCACAGGACACAGACCUCCACAGUUGGAUCACCUUGGGUCAAAAAGCCACCAGUGUUUGUUCUAACUCCCUCAUAUCAAGAUACUCUCAAGCAUAUUUUCCAUGGAGCGUACCCCACUAUGUAUAAACAAUGUGACAGGGACUUCUCGUGUGCUCAGCACUGUGAUGUGCCCUUAUAUACCCCUACUAUACAGGAUCCCUGUGAUGGUAAGCGAGGUGGAUUCAGUCUGAGACAACUGUCACACCGGAAUGAUCCAAAGGAAGUCUGGACAGGAAGCAAAUGUCAUCUAUGUCUCAAGAAUGGCAAGUCCUUCACUUACUCUUCGUCGCACACUGAACACAUGAAAAUUCAUAUAGGGGAGAAGUCUUAUAUGUGUCAGGAGUGUGGAAAGUACUUCACUCAAUCUUCAAAGCUUAUUAAACACAUAAAUAUUCAUAAGGGAGUGAAGCUUUAUACAUGCCGGGACUGUGGAAAGGCCUUCACUGAAUCCUCAUUGCUUAUGCACAUGAAUAUUCAUACUGGAGAGAAAACGUAUUCAUGUCAGGAGUGUGGGAAAGCCUUCAUUCCAUCCUCAAACCUUUCUGGUCACAUAAAAAUCUAUACAGGAGAAAAGCCUUAUUCAUGCAGGAAAGCCGUCACUAAUUCCUCAGUGCUUUCAGUGCAUAGGAAAAUUAAUGCCGGAGAGAAGCCUUAUUCAUGUCAGGAGUGUGGAAAGGCAUUUGCUCAAUCCUCAAAACUUUCUGAUCACAUGAAAAUUCAUACAGGAGAGAAGCCUUAUUCAUGUCAGCAGUGUGGAAAGGCAUUUGCUCGAUCCUCAAACCUUACUGAUCACAUGAAAAUUCAUACAGGAGAGAAGCAUUAUUCGUGUCAGGAGUGUGGAAAGGCAUUUGCAAAAUCCUCAAAGCUUAACAUACACAUGAAAAUUCAUACAGGAGAGAAGCCUUAUUCCUGUCAGGAGUGUGGAAAGGCAUUUGCUCGAUCCUCACACCUUAACAUACACAUGAAAAUUCAUACAGGAGAGAAGUCUUAUUCAUGUCAGGAAUGUGGAAAGGCAUUUGCUCAAUCCUCAGCCCUUAAUGUACACAUGAAAAUUCAUACAGGAGAGAAGCCUUAUUCAUGUCCGGAAUGUGGCAAGGCAUUUGCUCAAUACUCAGGCCUUAACAGACACAUGAAAAUUCAUACAGGAGAGAAGCCUUAUUCAUGUCCGGAGUGUGGAAAGGUAUUUUCUCGAUCCUCAAGCCUUUCAGAUCACAUGAAAAUUCAUACAGGAGAGAAGCCUUAUUCAUGUCAGGAGUGUGGAAAGGCAUUUGCUCAAUCUUCAACCCUUAACAAACACAUGAAAAUUCAUACAGUAGAGAAGCCUUAUUCAUGUCAGGAAUGUGGAAAGGCAUUUGCAAGAUCCUCAAAACUUUCUGAUCACAUGAAAAUUCAUACAGGAGAGAAGCCUUAUUCAUGUCAGGAGUGUGGAAAGGCAUUUGCAGCAUCCUCAAAUCUUAACAAACACAUGAAAGUUCAUACAGGAGAGAAGCCUUAUUCAUGUCAGGAGUGUGGAAAGGCAUUUGCAACAUCCUCAACUCUUAACAAACACAUGAAAGUUCAUACAGGAGAGAAGCCUUAUUCAUGUCAGGAGUGUGGAAAGGCAUUUGCAAGAUCCUCAAAACUUUCUGAUCACAUGAAAAUUCAUACAGGAGAGAAACCUUAUUCAUGUCAGGAGUGUGGAAAGGCAUUUGCAAGAUCCUCAAAACUUUCUGAUCACAUGAAAGUUCAUACAGGAGAGAAGCCUUAUUCAUGUCAGGAGUGUGGAAAGGCAUUUGCUCAAUCCUCAAAUCUUAACAUACACAUUAAAAGUCAUACAGGAGAGAAGCCUUAUUCAUGUCAGGAGUGUGGAAAGGCAUUUGCAACAUCCUCAACUCUUAACAAACACAUGAAAGUUCAUACAGGAGAGAAGCCUUAUUCAUGUCAGGAGUGUGGAAAGGCAUUUGCAAGAUCCUCAAAACUUUCUGAUCACAUGAAAGUUCAUACAGGAGAGAAGCCUUAUUCAUGUCAGGAGUGUGGAAAGGCAUUUGCAGCAUCCUCAAAUCUUAACAAACACAUGAAAGUUCAUACAGGAGAGAAGCCUUAUUCAUGUCAGGAGUGUGGAAAGGCAUUUGCAACAUCCUCAAAUCUUAACAAACACAUGAAAGUUCAUACAGGAGAGAAGCCUUAUUCAUGUCAGGAGUGUGGAAAGGCAUUUGCAAGAUCCUCAAAACUUUCUGAUCACAUGAAAAUUCAUACAGGAGAGAAGCCUUAUUCAUGUCAGGAGUGUGGAAAGGCAUUUGCAAGAUCCUCAAAACUUUCUGAUCACAUGAAAAUUCAUACAGGAGAGAAGCCUUAUUCAUGUCAGGAGUGUGGAAAGGCAUUUGCAACAUCCUCAAAUCUUAACAUACACAUUAAAAGUCAUACAGGAGAGAAGCCUUAUUCAUGUCAGGAGUGUGGAAAGGCAUUUGCAACAUCCUCAACUCUUAACAAACACAUGAAAGUUCAUACAGGAGAGAAGCCUUAUUCAUGUCAGGAGUGUGGAAAGGCAUUUGCAAGAUCCUCAAAACUUUCUGAUCACAUGAAAAUUCAUACAGGAGAGAAGCCUUAUUCAUGUCAGGAGUGUGGAAAGGCAUUUGCAACAUCCUCAAAUCUUAACAAACACAUGAAAGUUCAUACAGGAGAGAAGCCUUAUUCAUGUCAGGAGUGUGGAAAGGCAUUUGCAACAUCCUCAACUCUUAACAAACACAUGAAAGUUCAUACAGGAGAGAAGCCUUAUUCAUGUCAGGAGUGUGGAAAGGCAUUUGCAAGAUCCUCAAAACUUUCUGAUCACAUGAAAGUUCAUACAGGAGAGAAGCCUUAUUCAUGUCAGGAGUGUGGAAAGGCAUUUGCUCAAUCCUCAAAUCUUAACAUACACAUUAAAAGUCAUACAGGAGAGAAGCCUUAUUCAUGUCAGGAGUGUGGAAAGGCAUUUGCAACAUCCUCAACUCUUAACAAACACAUGAAAUUUCAUACAGGAGAGAAGCCUUAUUCAUGUCAGGAGUGUGGAAAGGCAUUUGCAACAUCCUCAAAACUUUCUGAUCACAUGAAAAUUCAUACAGGAGAGAAGCCUUAUUCAUGUCAGGAGUGUGAAAAG